AAGAGCUGAAACCUUCAUCGUUCGUUUUUGAAUGCACUGCCACAUAGUCCAUCCACAACCUCACAUCCUUUAGACAGGAAUCAAACAAGCUUUUGGGCUCUGACACCUUUUUAACAUGACACUGCACAGCCUCAAGCUUAGGCUCGGGAUUUAAUUGCUUGGCCUCGGUCAUGCAGUUCAUCGACUUGGCCCCCCAUCCAAUCCAUCGCGAUUUCGACCUCUUCAAGUUGCGCAAUGGUUGCCCAAUCAGGAACGCAACACAACAUAUGACAGGACCGCGCAGAUAAAAAUGGAGAACACUGAAGGGACAAUUAUGUUUCCAAGACUCUAACGUCACAUCUGGGUCAUUGUCUAUCGACGGGUUUGGUCUAGGCUGUCGCUUUCAGCCUUGAAGGGUCGCCCGGCCCAUGCGAUCCACCAAGACGACGAGACUAUUGAUAAUGUCACAAUGUUGGUCAGGCGAAACGGUCGCAUUUAAACUCUGCCGGUCCGUUUAUCGGGCGCGCAACAAUACAACCUCACGUGGUGUCGAGUAUGCUUCUACGGAAUCGAGGGUAAAUAAAGCGGAAUUAACUGUGAGACAAACUGGUGCGAUCUAACAACCAACCAUAUGCAAUGCAUCGACUGUGAUCUGUGAUCUCCAACAUUUGUCAGGCCCUGACAGGCUCAUGCAUGCACAGCACAGGGGAGGCUGUGUUUUGUAGCGACUUUUAGUCUCAGCCUUGAGACAAAGUGGAAAAACCCAACAACAUCGUACAGGAAGAACUGAAGCAUGCCAGAUCAAUUUUUUCAACAGGAUGCCUGGAAUCUAGGAGGGUCGGGCAACAAGCAAUGCUGUUUAUACGGAAACCUGUGCCUUGCCACUGAGACAAGUCUCAGAUCGUCAGUGACAUCAAGGAAACCCUACAGGGCUGGUGGGAGCCUUUGGUGCAACACGACAUAUAGAGACUGUUUGCAAUCAGGUUAACAGCCUGCCUCCUCGAAGUCGAACAACCACCGUCAGCGCCGCAGCACCAUCGCACACAAUUUACUCGAACUGCAAAGUCGGAGAAUGCCUUGAGACUUGUCUUCAAGUUCUUGAAUGGCCAAGCGACGGACGAGCUGGAACAGGGGUUCAUGAUGGGGCGUGGGGCUUGGUGAAUGCGCCUCGGCAACAGAGCCCCCAUUGAGAAUGCCUCGUCGAGAUGGAUGGUCAUGCACAGCACGAUAGAGGAAUACCAGUAUCCUGUGCUGUAUGCCAGUGCUGGGUUCAAGUAUCGCAGCAUCGGUUAAUACCAAAUCUCAUAGACAUCAAACAACCGUUUCCCCGACGGCCCGCCUAUUGGCAAACGAGUCUCCAUCCACAACCCUGCAGCUGGGCGCUCCUCCACUCCCCAUCCUCCUCCAACAAAUGCAUCACACAAGCGCCAGAUUAAAGAGACUGGGGACUAGGAACCAGGUCCAGGCUGUACUGUAUGUCACGCCUGCGCCUAAAACGCCCCUCGUUCUGUUCUCGACCCUACAUGUAUCUACUGUACCAACUACCGCACGAUCUUACCGCCUUCGUCUGGAUUUCUCUUAAUCAAGACGCCGGCUCUGACUGAUCAAGCCUCACUUCUGUUUGGUUCUGCCACAAUCUCUUCUUGUCUGCCCUCCGGUCUGCCUUUUGGCUGCACUUUGACUUGUACCUGGACGGCCGCCAAUUUGCCUGUACCAUUUUGUCCCCAUUUCAAUCGCGAGCCCCUCUCGCCAUCAUAUCACAACCAACAGCUUACAGUAACACACCUUGUACACCUUGCAUCUAAUCAGCAAAGUGCGAAGCUGCCCCGUCGCUCGUGUCCUGGACAGUUCACCACUUCAGUCCUGCUUGGAUGUGCACACCACAAUCCCGCGCCGAUCUUAAAUCUUUCGCAUUUGAUACCUGAGCUCUGGAGCUGUUGCUCGUCGGAUUCGAUAUCCUGGGCAACUAUAGCAUCUGGCAUAGGUACCGUGCCUUUCUAGCUGCGGUACUAAGCAGGGGCACCCCUAAGCGCUCUCUGAUCCGCUUUCGCGCGCAACGCCGCGUUCCAACUUCAGCCCUCUCCCCCUCCUCUCUCUUCUCUUUCACAUUUCUUGAACAAGGGAUACUACACUGCAAUCCUUCGCUUGUUGUUCUCAAAUCUCCCGGUAGACUCUGCUUUCCCUGUUCAUGAGGCGUAACGGCCCGUGGGAUCUCAACGGCAUUUCUUCUGCAGCUCCAAUAGUUCCUCUGCACUUGAGCCGAUCCACUUCACUUCUCUACGGUAUCACCUUGAAGGCUAUGUUCCCUAGCCUGUGAUCUGACUCCGGGAGCUCGCCCAGUCAAGGUCCACCUGUUGCAUAUAUACUUCAGCUCCUCCCUGCACUUGAUCGCAACCAUGGCUUCGACAUUUGAUGUACCACCUGCCAGUCUUCAUGACAAGGAUAACCAACCCUUCCCUACCUCGAACCAGCAAGCACCAACCUCAGCCUUCAACUCGAAUCAACUGCCUACCACACUGUCGCGUGUGGAUAGCGACUCACUCUCCCCGAUCAACUACCUCGAGACACCAGAUUCCACCUCAAGCUUGAGUCACUACCAAGCCAGUGACUUCAGCGAUUUAGACGACGACCCUUUCUUUGGUGCCGACUUCAACGCUGAUGGAGGUGCUCCCAACUUCCUGGAACAGGACUUGAACGGACUGGACCAGUCCUUUACUCCAGGCCUUAUGCCAGAUAAGGACGUGGACUCUGGCACAUAUCCAUUGACGCCUGAGCAGACGGCAUCUGUUCAUGCUACACCACCUCAGGGUGAUCUGUCAUACGCUAUCAAAGGAUCUGCACCAUCGGAACUCCCCAACUGUAUCUCACCCCAAGAGAUUCAAAAACGAUUCAACCCUCACCCAAUUAACACACAAACGUCUGAGUUGACACCAAGUCACAGUAGCAGCUGCCGAUCUAGCGAGGACGGCCUUGCACCAGGUGUCGCUACCAUGACGAGCCCUCGUGUUACUGUCUCCAUGUGGGGCAAUCAUGAUGAGACUCCUGUUCACACCUCUGUUGAGCGCAGUUUUGAAGACAGCCCCACCACAGUCCGCGGAGGUUUUGAGUCUGCUGGAGAUUUGAUAUCUUCCGGAGACAACUCAUCUGCCCGUGACUCUACUGGCAGAUGGCAGCAGAAUCCAUUAACAGGCCAAUCUGGCCUUGACCCCAACAACCGCCCCUCUAACGAAGUGCCGAGCAUCAAUGAGCUCGCAACUCGUCGAGAUGAUGAUGAACGUAAAGAACUCGUGGGUGAUUGGCUGGCCGACAAGAUGAACGACCUUUCAGUGAGGCCAGACGACAACUCACGAGACCAAAUUAACGAACUGGACAGCCAACGAGACGAUCCACAUGAACAUAUGAUUCCCUUUGGCCGGGAGACUGAGAAUAAGUUCAUUCCCGGUCAGACCUACUACCGUGACCAGGGCGAAAUGAGCCAACAAGACCGCGACAUCAUCGCUGCUAACCGUAACUGGGCGGACGCACCUAUGUUCCCUUCUAUCAGCCGUGGAGUGCCGGGAAGAAACCAACCCGAGUCAUCAGCCGCUGCCAUGGAGAGAUUUGAGAGGAUGUAUCGUGAUACUGAUUCCAUUCUGUCGAGAGCAGCAACAUGGGGAACCCGCCGGCGAAGUCUCCCUAGUGUCUUCGAUCUUGAUAUGGCCGACGGCACCAGUGGUGGUAUCCUGAAGAAGCUCUCAAGCAGUCGAGAGAGCAGGUCAAGCAAGCCGGGGAGUCUCCUAAGAGAUCUUCGAGGACUGGUGCGGCGACCUAGCGCGUCUCGUCUCAAGCGUACUCUCAGCAGCGGUAACGACGAGGAGAGCUUACCAAGCAGUGAGGGUAGAGGGAGCCAAGACUCGAAGCGCGACAGUAUUUCCAAGCGAGGAGACAGUGUCUCUCACCUUGCACCACCAAACCGCAUAGGUAGCUGGGGCAAGAAACCCAUGCCUUCUAUCAACACGGCGAUUGCUUCCAUGGGGAGCAAUAUUGCAUCCAUUGGAACUACGCAUGCUCGAAGCGGCUCUGUGAGUGGCAGCGCCACCCCCGGCGGUUCCAUCACAUCACCAAAGAGUCCCUUUAGUGGUCUUUCCGUGAAAAAGUCGAUACGCCGCCCCCGAAGCAAAUCCGAACUUCCUAAACCUACCCCAGCUGGCAUGCAGACAGAAAGCCAUCCUACUCUCGUAUCGAUGUGGAAGCGUGAGACGGGAGGCCCACCUGUAGCAGCCCUAGCCAAAACCAAACAUGCCGACUUGGAUGAUGAUGACGACGAUGACGACGAUUUCAGCGAUGAAGCUGAUAUGAGAACAAACCCCAACGUCAUUGACAACAUCACCCCCAAUCUCGAAGGGUUCCAGCAACACAUCAUUGACCUGAACCCUGGCCUGGCGACUACCAACACCUUUCUGGUCGACCGCAUCGCAUACCACCAGGUUCAACGAUACAAAUACUUACUGAAAAACAAGGUUGCUCAUAUCGGCCUUGGUGCUGCAUGCAACUCUGGAAUAAUGUGCGUUUCUAGAGGCGGCUCUGCUACCUUGUUGGACCAGAAUAAGAACGUACGAGAGCUGGAUCCUCUUUCGUCCCCAAACGAUGAGGAUGAUGGAUCUCCAGUUGAAGGUGCUAUCAAUACCGAGAGCUUCCCUCAAGAUAUUCCAAUGCCUCCAACUUCUCACCUUCCAGCUGAGUUUGAGUGCCGACUUUGCUUCGCUGCCAAGAAGUUCAUGAAACCAUCUGACUGGACUAAGCACGUCCAUGAAGAUGUUCAACCAUUCACUUGCACCUGGGACAAAUGUCCUGGGCCAAAGAUGUUCAAGCGCAAAGCCGAUUGGGUCCGACACGAAAACGAAGGACAUCGGCAGCUUGAGUGGUGGACUUGCGAUGUUGAAGCCUGUCAUCACCAGUGUUAUCGUCGUGAUAAUUUCCUUCAGCAUCUUGUUCGAGAGCACAAGUACCCUGAGCCAAAGGUCAAGAGCAAAGCUGCUGUCAAGAAGGCGGGCGGCUCUGAGCCGACGUGGCAAAAGGUUGAACAGUGUCACCACGAGACUACGAAGAAGCCACACGAUGAGCCGUGCCGUUUCUGUGGAAAGACAUUCCCGACAUGGAAGAAAUUGACGGUCCAUCUGGCCAAGCAUAUGGAGCAAAUAUCAUUGCCCGUACUUCGACUGGUAGAUGCAAAAGCCAGUGAGCUCAGCGCAGACACUGUUAUUAGCCCAGUACAGGACCCUCCUCCACGCAACAUAUUGACCACGCCUAUUCAGACCAAUAUGCCGAUGCAAUAUCCCGUGGGAGGACAACACCAACAGAUUCCACAGGCAACUCCACAGAUCUAUCAGAACCACAACCAGAACCAAAUGGCGUACCCUAUGAUGCCAACGGAGCCCUACCACCAACAGCAGCAGCAGCAAGGGUUCUACACUGACCAGUAUACCAACGCCAGCAACGCCACCCACAACUUUCCGUCGGCACAUGCAGAGAUGGGAAUGCAUCCGAUGAACCACCAGAGCUUUAAUGCUGCACCCAUGCAGGAAAUGACUGCGAGCAGUGCUGGCUACCAGCAAAAUGCAAAUGCGUUUAUGAUGCCCAGUAAUGGGCUAGAGACAUAUAACCAGAUGAACCCCCUGGGGCUUCAAAGCCAUGGAAUGCCCAUGGGACAAAUGGGACCGAUGGUGUAUGACGGGAUUACAGACCCUUCGAGUGGAAAUGGGAGUCCUUUCAGUGGACAAGGAUCCAUGUCUCCUUACUCUCACUCUCCAAACCUGAAUGCCAACACUGGUAACGGUAUGUGGGGUGAUAGACGCAUGGCUGGAUACCAGUAAGAAUGGCCACUGUACCGGCAGUUCGGAUAUCUAUUCCUGUUCAUGAAGGCGCUUUGUGUUCUUGAAACCACACACACGACAUAAUAUCUUGUCCAAUUAUGAAUGAAAAAGGGGAGGAUGAGAAAAAUGUGUUUUUGGAUACCAUGAUGAUUCUUACGGCAACGAAUUUGUUUUACAGGCGAUAGCCUUGUUUCUUUUUUUGUUCUUCCGGAAUGAAUAGACUAGGUAGGGCUUGCUGUUUGGUCCACGGGGUGCGUUGAAGGAUGAUGGGAUGGAUAUCCUGAAGUGGGGCGACCAAUAUUGGAGUAUUAUGAGAUGAAGAAGAGAAGGAAGGGAUUGGAACAGGAUACGGCGUCUGGAUACCGCACUUAUGAAUGCAAAUAGUCUUUCUAGACUCUCUGAUCUGCAACUUGGCAUUUCUAAAUAUACCAGAUAUAUGCAUCUUUCUUGGUCAAGAUGGAGGCUCAGCGGAGGCCGCCCUUCGCGUGAGCAAAGUGCUUACGAGUCCCUGGGUCUGGUAGUCCGCAUCUAGCAAGGGAAAAGAUGGAGCGAGUGCAAAGCUAAGCUUUUGGAUUCAAAAGGAGUGCAGGGUGCCAAAGAACGUGGCUUGGAGGAUCAAGGGCCAACACACGCAGUGGGGAAUCUUGAAUAAUAGUCGAGCACGGUAAGGAUAUCGUGUAUUAUAAUGCACUAAGUGUUUGAGAUUGAUGGCGUUAAAAUCAAGAUGCUUCUCAUUUCCACGACAAUGGGGCAAGGAGGAUUUGAGAAUCCAAUUUACCGCUCCUGACUGUUCCUUCAUGAGCUUGAUUCUCUUAUCUUUUGUUUCUCUCCUAAUUUAAUUUCUUGCGCCGCUUCAUGGGAAGCAAUUGCCAUUGUCAGGGAUUCAAUGCCAGUAGCUGGGAUACUCGGAUUACCGAGAUUUGCAAUGGCCUGGUCGCGUGAACGUUCUUGGCUCGGCAGGAAAGCGAUGAGUUAGGCUUGUUAGAUUAUGGGAGGUUGUUUCUAUCUAUGGUAUAGAAAUAUAAUAACUUGGCGGUGAUUGCGCUGGGGAGGCUAUAUUGGCGGUUCAUCAAAGUUCCAUGGAGUGGCAGAUUGAGGUCAAUGCUUCUGGCUAAAAGUCACCGUUUUUGAACUUGUGAAUUAGUGACGACGAUCAUGAAUUCAAGGUUGUGUAACCUUUC